GACAACUUUCCCGCUCUCUUUAAUGCACCCUUAGUUUAUCUUUGACCGAAAUGUUUGCAGUGGGCCCGGAGGUGCUAACUGGGUUACUUAAUCAGCAAAGAUAUACAUGAGUGUAAAAGUUUCUAUUCUUACUGAAAACCAUGCACAAGUGAAUACUGUUCACAUCUAAAAGUUUGACACUUGAAACAUUUACAUCUGCUUGUUUUCCGCGUUCGUCCAGUCAUAAGCAGAUUGAUGAAUUACCGGAGUCAAGGCAGGUGUUCUUGGAGUAGCAGCAAUAUUCCACCCUUAUUUUCUGUUGAUAACGUGUGUCUAGAUGGUUUGAUUGUCUCCAUUGCUGGUUCUAUGUCGGCGGUCACGGGGAAGUUUUAUGAGACAUGGAAUGGUGUUUCUCUGGCUGAGACAGCUGGUAGUGGUCACAGUAGUAAGAGAAAAUGCACUAUUUAGUAGCAUGAAGCUGUGAUAGGCAAAAGUGUUUUGGUGGCACCUGUGGAGUUUCGCGCCAACAAGUCGACAAUGGUGACCCUUUUUUCACCUUUUCAGAUAAUCAUCUUUGGCGUAGAUGUGGUUCCAAGCUAUUGAACAAAAGAUGUGUGUACUUUGCAGUAGCUGGCUGCGCCUAUUGAAAGUGGUAGAUAUGAAGAGGUCAGUUAUCUCUGACCACUGAUUCUCGCGUCCUAUAUCUUGUGUUAGGUGUAAUAAUAUGGUGAGCAAUAUUGAGGUCCGUGUACCAAACCAAAAGCACACUUACUGUAUGGGGAUAGGUGGUACUACCCAGUUGUCUAGGCUGAAAGAGGCAAAGCAGGACUCAAACUUGAAAUCCACUGACCAGAAGCCUGUGUGCCUAAGCUAAUGAGUCCCAUCUCCAGAAUAAUGAGGUUAAGAGUAGUGUUAGGUAAGAAAGGAAAGUCAAUCGUUGAGUCUGCGAAACUGACGAACGACCACCUACCUCAUCGAGAAAUGUAGGCUGACAUAAGAUUAGGUUGGAAAGGAUUUGGAGGCAAUUAAUUAAAGACGUGAUAUUGAUCCAUGAAGUCUUUGACUGUUGGUUUUAGUCACGCAUGCAGGUGCAGGCUGGUUGGGUCCCUCAAACGCUAAAUACUAGUGGUUGGAGACUGUUGGUGAUAUGGUUAAAAAUCGUUCUCAUUGGCGCAGAUGCAUUCACUGUUUAUAAACUCCUAGAUCCAUCACAUUCUCUGUUUAGUUCUUCCUUUCGUGCGUUUCCGUUUAUUACGGCUUAUUUAUAGUUUUUCUCUACUUCUGUGUGCUUCAUAAAAUGUGGCAACUUGGACUGCUGUACUCAUGUGUAAAUUCAGUCCAGUUACUCAACAACAACAACAACCUGCAUUUCCAUACAGUUAACAAUGAACCAAGCCGUUGAGAUUAAUGGCUAGUGAUGCAAGAGACUUUGAAGCAGUUAAUAAGAGUAAAUCAGGCUACUUUAAUUAAAAGAAGCGUUGAAAGAAGUACGGGAAUACUAGAUAGGUUCCUUGCCUUGAAACGUCACACAAAUAACUCCCAGUUCUAAAUAAGAGUGUCGGUAUUCAUCCAGAUGAUGACCAUUGAUGGACGUAAGCUGAUUUUGCAUUGCAGCAUAGCUGACUUAUUAGUUGCCCGAAGGAAACACCGUGUGCUGUAAUAUACCUAUCGUCUUCACACCCGCUUCAUGGGGCAAGCUAUUUACCCUGAGGUAGUGACAGCUUUUAGUCUCUGUUACCACGAUAGAAUCUGCAGGAAGAUUCGUUAUAGGUAGUGUGGCUUGGGUCAUUGCGACAUACAAGCCCGAUCAUCAGGUUUCAUUUGGCUCUGGACUUUAAUGGCAGGAGGACGUAAGGAAGCAUUACGGAGAUGGCUAGCAAACGUUGGUACCGGCUAAUGAUGUGUUGGGAUCUGGUCAAAGAUUCGGAAUUCUGUAGAUUACGUGUUGCAGCAGCAGUGUUGCUUAUGAGGAGUUGAAUGAAUAACUGUACUUGGGUCCUGUAUUAGUACAACAUACAUUCAAAGACUGAUUUAAUUCAUCUUUAUCCAUGUAAAUGUGUGUAAUUUAAUACGAGAUACUGUUGAGUCAGUUUGGAGGGUUUCUACAUUUAUCGUAUAUUUUAUGGGUAUGAAGUACAUACCAAGCCAGUAUGUCUUACCAACGCUGUCGACUAACAAGAAUAUUGUGUAUGUAUGUGUGUGUGUGUUCUAGACAGAAAAUCGAUCCCCACGGGGACAAAGAAAGCGGAGUUAUUUCUUUCAGUAGAUCAGUCUUUCUUUGUAAAUUGUAGUUACUGCAGUAACUGAAGCAAAAGAGAGAUGCAAUAUGUGUAUGUGGCAGCAACUGACUGCAGGUUUUAUUUAAGUGUAUUACUGGUUUUUAUUUUGUCAUGCAUCUGCUAAAUGUGAAGCUAAAAUUUGUUGUUUAGGAUUUCCUCCUUAUUGAAAGCCUGUUUACUGUGACUUCCUGCUUCUUUUGUACAUUGUACGUUUCAAACUUUAGAAGUGUGGAAAUAUAUUCCUUUUUUGCAAUUGACUGUGUUAAGGCUGUAGAGAUGUAAAACUGACACCAGGUUGAUUUCAUGCUUUUUUACUAAGUUGGAAAAACGUUUAAUAUGCAUUACAUAACCAUUUUGAUGUGUUGUUAAAACUUGUGUAAUUAUUGUCAUUUUGUCUACAGAUCUAGAUAAAAUGCGCCGCUUAGACUGCUGUCUGUUUGCUCUUUACUUGGCUGUUACGGAAAUUCUUGUUUAUGUGGCUUCUGAAGAAUUGUCUGUGUCGCCUAUCGCUCAAGCAUUACGUGUUGGUGAAUCUGGGAUUUUUGAGUGUUCUACAGAAAACUCAAGCCAUGCCUCAUACCUACAGUGGGUACUUAAUGAUGAUACAGUUCUUCUAAAUGGUAAUCAGUCAGCAGAUGGUCGAUUUGCUAAUGAAAAUGGUAUCCUGACAAUGAGUAAUCUUACUUUACACCAUUCUGGUGAAUAUCAGUGCUUCGAUCCUGAGACAAAUAGCAAUGUAACAAGCCAUCUAAAAGUGUAUAUUAUGCCAUCUUAUGUACUCGAAGGAUCUAUUGUUAUUGCUGUUAAUGGUGUCCUCUUGAUCCUAUUUAUCUAUUCAGUCAUCAAGACUUAUCGGGAACAGAAUCGAAAAGAUCGUAUGCAUGCUUUUUAA